AAAUUUUCAGUAACUGGAUUGGUGAAGACAUCUGAAAUUUGGGACUCACGCUAUUAUCUUGUUUUAUGUUAUGUUUAAUAUUUUUCUAUAAUUUAAUGUAUGAGAGCCUAAUACCUGAAUGUAUUGGCAAUAUACAGUAUACCAAGGCUGUUUUAUUUGGCAGAGCGGUAAAUGACUUCUCAGUACAGUUAAAGAGAUGGAAGCUGUGAUGAGUCUUGAGCUACAGCUGGAUAAAGUUUCUCAAGAAAAAAGGGAAGAGGACUACUGAACUGUAUGUUUUUUGAGUCUAGGGGCUUAAGAAGAUGAAAUAGGGUGAAGAGAUUGAAUCAGAAAUCAGGAAUUCUGAGCAAGAGUCACCUUUAGUCGAUUAAUUUCAUGAAGUUGGAAAAGGAGGUGGGGGACACUAGGGAGACGGUCUUUGAUGAGUCCUGUAGUCCCACUAGCUGUCACAGAGUAAGUUCUCUUUAAGAAAACUGUAGGUAAUCAGAAGACCCCUCCCCUAGGCUCAGCCAGGUACUCAGUUAGGGUCCAGGUCCGACUGGAGGGCGGGGGGACGGAACUUGCGCACCGGUGUGCGUGUGCCCUCAGGGUCGGUGACGUCCCGCUACCGGGCACUUGUGAGGUAACAAAGGGAGACGCUGCGCGUCAAAGUCCAGAAUCUGGACGUGCCGGAUUGGCUCCAAGUAAAACACAGUCCUAUGAAACGUUCUUGUAGAAACUGUCAGCCACCGCCAGGCCCCACCUCUCCCGGAGCCGCGGACAUCUCACCGCCCCAAGAGGGAGCCCAGCCCACGACUUUGGCCGCUAGAAGCGCCCGCACGCACUAAAGCGCCUCCUACCGCGUGCCUCCGGAGCUUCUGAGAGGCGGGCCCGCGCCCACUGCGCAGGUGCAGGAAGCUGGCCCAGAGUUUGGAGCCAGGCCCUCGCAAUUACGUCUCUGCCUCCGCAGGCGCUGCGAGCAGUUUACUUUUGAACAGGGGCCCCGCGCUCUUUCCCAUUGGCGGAUGCUACGCAGUUGAAUGUUGCCAGGAGACUGCGCCUGCGCCCUGAGGCUCCGCGAGGCCCCGCCCCAUCUGGGCACCUGAAAUCCCUCAGGGCGGAGGAGGGCGGGGACGCAGAGCAUCUCGGGGACGCCUAGCCUGGAGGCCGUAGAGCUGUUUCUGCCUGUGGAGUAGCUCUGUCUCUUCCUCCCCGGGAAUACGAAUAAAAGAAUCUGAAAAAGUUGGAGAAGAUAAAGUAUAUUCAGUCGCUAAGCCAGAAGAUCAACAAAGUAGGAAAUGCACAAUUUUGAGGACGAGUUAACAUGUCCCAUUUGUUACAGUAUUUUUGAAGAUCCUCGUGUACUACCAUGCUCUCAUACGUUUUGUAGAAAUUGCUUGGAAAAUGUUCUUCAAGCAUCUGGGAACUUUUAUAUAUGGAGACCUUUACGAAUUCCACUCAAGUGCCCCAAUUGCAGAAGUAUUAUUGAAAUUGCUCCAAGUGGUAUUGAAUCUUUACCUGUUAAUUUUGCAUUAAGGGCUAUAAUUGAAAAGUACCAGCAAGAAGACCAUCCAGAUAUCGUUACCUGUCCUGAACAUUACAGACAACCAUUAAAUGUUUACUGUCUCCUAGAUAAAAAAUUAGUUUGUGGUCAUUGCCUUACCAUAGGUCAACAUCAUGGUCAUCCCAUAGAUGAUCUUCAGAGUGCCUAUCUGAAAGAAAAGGAUACACCUCAAAAACUGCUUGAACAGUUAACUGACACACACUGGACAGAUCUUACUCAUCUUAUUGAAAAGCUGGAAGAACAGAAAUCUCAUUCAGAGAAGAUGGUCCAAAGUGAUAAGGAAGUUGUCCUCCAUUAUUUUAAGGAGCUUAGUGAUACAUUAGAACAGAAAAAAAAAACCUUCCUAGCUGCUCUUGGUAAUGUUAGCAAUCUGAUUAAUCAAGAAUACACUCCACAAAUUGAAAGAAUGAAAGAAAUAAGAGAGCAGCAGCUUGAAUUAAUGACACUGACAACAUCUUUACAGGAAGAGUCUCCACUGAAAUUUCUUGAAAAAGUUGAUGAUAUCCGCCAACAUGUACAGAUUUUGAAACAAAGACCACUUCCUGAGGUUCACCCUGUUGAAAUUUAUCCUCGAGUAAGCCAAAUACUGAAAGAAGAUUGGAGCAGGACAGAAAUUGGACAAAUUAAGAAACUUCUCAUUCCUGAAAUGAAAAUUUCUUCAAAGAGGAUGCCAUGUUCCUGGCCUGAUAAGGAUGAAAAAGAAGUCGAAUUUUUUAAGAUUUUAAACAUAGUUAUAGUUACAUUAAUUUCAGUGAUACUGAUGUUGAUCCUUUUUUUUAACCAACACAUAAUCACCUUUUUAAAUGAAAUCACUUCAAUAUGUUUUUCUGAAGUCUCUCUAUCUGUUUACCAAAGUUUAUCCAACAAUUUGCAUGAUUUAAAGAAUAGGCUAUGUCACACUUUAUAUUUACUGAAGGAAUGCAUGUGGAAAAUAUUUUCUCAUUGAAAAUUCAAAUCUGAAUUGCUUAAAUAGGCUUAUUCUGUACAGCAGAGACCAACAAUUGCUAAAGGGAGAAAUAGGGUAGCAUGGAUAAAUAGCAAACUAAAUUAUCAGAGUUGCAAAUACAAAUACAUAGAAAUGUUAAACCAUCCAUGUGUCUUAGAUGGAAAUAUGUCAGAAAUGACACAGAAUGUGUCUAAACUAGAAUAUCUAGUAACUAAUACAUUAUCCUAUUUUAUUUUGCUUGAUGCUGACUUUAUCUCUGUGACAUUGAAAUAUUUCUGUACCAAUCCUGUCUUUUAGCAUUAUUAUUUUUUACAUCAUGCUGCAGUGGUUGGUUAGUGUUGCAGUUCUUUAUGUAUACAUAGCUUUUAGGUUAAAAGAUGGCAAAAUCCCUCAAGUGCAUAUAUACCUGUAUUUUGAUGUGGCCCCAGAGCCUUUGGGCAAAACCAGGAGGGUGAGUAGAGGGGUGAGUAGAGGUUUUAAUUCAAGCAGCAGUCUAAAAGUGGUAAGGGAUUGCUUACAUUAAGGUUGUUUCUGAUCAAACAUACAUGAUACAUUAAUGUAUUUUAGAUAAACAUUGCAUUAAAUCUAUCAACAUUCAUUCCUAACAAACUGCUGAUUUUGGAAAUGUGUUAGGGAACAGUGACCUUUCAAAUAAUGGUCUUUAUGGUUUGUGUAAAUGACUUUUGGUUAGUGUUUUAUUUAGUCUUACCAAUUUUUGGAUAAAAGCUCUAAAAACAUGUUAUUAGAAUAGUAUAUUGUUGAUAUAUUCCAUCCUCAGAGUUAGGUGGCAUCAUGUUAACUAUAUUCGUCUUAAAAAUGGUCUUAAGUUUUCUGCAAUUUGCUUAUGUGAAUAUCAAAGUACCAAUAAUUUAAUCUUUUCUUGAAUUUUGCUUAAAUGGGAGUCUGUAGUUAUUACGUCAAAUCCCUUUAAUUAGUUCCCUUAUUAACAGGGACUGGAAUUGUGCUUGUGGUAGGACUUUUGGCUCUUUUGUCCAUGGAACUGUAAAUAUAAGGUUAUUUGCUUUCCAGAAAUCCUAAA